AUGGCCGGUCUUUGGAAGCACAUCUCCAACGUGGCCACUUGGGCUUGCGAGCCGUCUCGUUCCGAGGCCUUCAACGAUGAGGUCAUGCAGCUGAAGGCUGUUUUAGACGAGACCCGCCUCCGCCUGCACCAUGAGGAGCGGGUCAAUCAAGAAUUGAAGGCGCAGAUCAAGGAGGAGCAGAGGCGAGGACACAUGCGGCAGCGCGAGCUGCGAGAGCAGCUCGAGCUGCAGCAUGAGGAGAUUCAGAGGCUCCUGUCGGAACUCGAAACGGCCAAGGCGGCGGCGUCGGGCGAGAACAAGGCGGAGCUGCAUGAACUUGGGCAGAAGAGCGAUGCGGAGUCGCACAGUCGUGAAGCAAAGGCGCGGGCAUCCGAGACGGAGCUCUUGGCAGCUCUGCUGGAGCAUGCCACGAAGCAGGCGACUGCCUGCGCCGCAAAGGUGGCGGAAGAAUCGACGGUCGUGCAGCAACUCCGCGAGGAGCUAGAAGCGGCUCGAGGCAAAGCCUCCGAGGAGCAGGAAGCUGCGCAGGCGUUGCGGCAGGAGUUGCAGCAAGAGAAGGCUGCAAGGGUUGAAAUGGAGGGGUUCCUAAUCCACCGCAGGGCCUGCGAAGCCGAUGUUGCGAAUUUUCUGCGGCUGCUGGGGCAAAGAUACCCCGAACUUGCAGGUGCAACUCGGCUACUCUUCGAUCCACGAACACAGGCCGAGCACCAGGAUACGGCUCUUGCAGCCUCCCCGCGAGAUGCCGACUUCCCGUCUGAGAGGGGAGACAUCUCGGAAAGGAGUCGCCCUUCGAGAUCGCCAAGUCCUGAAGAAGAGAUUCCAGACGACGCAUCCGAGCUGAGUGAGGAUUUCUUGCGCAGGCUCUGCCAGGGAGCUGACUUGGAGGAUGUGGAGGCCCUCGAGAUCCGGGUGGAUUCGACAAGGCAAAGCCUGCAACUACUUGGGCAAUGUUUUCCGAACCUGAAACGCUUGCGCCUCUCCGAGUCGAGCAUCCUGUGUGUUCGAGAGUUGGGCUCGCACCUGGCCAAGCUGCAGGUGCUUUGGCUUGGACGAUGCGGCUUGCAAGAUCUUGAUGGCCUCACACUCUUGGAGGGGCUGCGAGAGCUGUACCUGCCCUUCAAUGACGUUGUGGAUGUUGCAUUGCCGAAAUGGCUGGACCACCUGCAGGUUUUGGACCUCGAGGGCAACGCUGUCGAAGAUCCCGACGACUUAGCCGAGUUAGCGAAGUGCUAUGCGCUUCGAGACCUCACCAUCCGCGGGAAUCCGGUCACCUUUCUGCCGGGCUUCUCCAGGCGAACGUUCUUCGAUCAGAUGCCGAGUUUGGAGUUCUUAGACGACCUUCCGAACUUUCCUGACCUACCUUUGCAAGCCGAUCUACCCUGCGAGGAGUCAUUUGAUGGCGAUGCAGAGCGAUUUCUGGACCGUUAUUUGGCCUGCGAUCUCGACUUGUACAUGGACCUGUACCUACAAGAGCCGCCACAAGCAGAUGAGGAGGGGUUCGCCAGCGCCGCCGUCGACGAUGAGUCUUUGUUGACGAGUCGUGGUCAGGAGCUAUGCUUGCUCAUGACGACAAGGGUUUUGCCUGGAGGGCUGGUGCUUAUCGUGCCAUUCCAUCGUCAAGAUGUUCAGGAGGAUGAUGUGAAGGCGGUGGCAGUGACUCGGCUUCGAUUUGCGGCAUUCUUGACUGUGGUGGCCCGGCUGUGCGCCUGGAUCAAGGUACGAUUGCUUAUCCAGCUCUAUGAGAAAUAUGCCGCCUGGAUGGAGUCCGAUCCAAAGCUGAAGGACAGUCUGCAUUAA